AUGCUUUUAAUCGCCACCGCAGAGAAAAAGGUCCUUGUGGAAAUUGUGAAGUUGUCCCAAAAGCGGGGAAUGAAGGGUAAUAAAGGAGACUGGAAGCAGUUCUUAAAUAUUUAUGAUAAGAAGUUUGGGGCUAGCUUGAGUGAUCCCGGAAAGAGGUCAAAUGAUGUAUUGACUGCGUAUUUGAAGACAUUUGAUAAAGAGGAUGACUUGAAGGUUUUGGCUAAAGUUGUCCAAUGCCAUUCAAAUCGCCAAGCAGUUGAUCAAUUGUUAAGACUUUUCCAGAAAAUGAAUCCCCAGAGCAGAGUCUUGUCCGUUCAACUCUUCGAACACCCACAAUAUCCAUUGGAUUACUCAUUUCCUUCACAUGAACGUGCAAAUCUUUUCUUGCAUUUCCGCAUGUCUUUUAGCUUCCCUUUUUACUUCCUACACAGAAUAUCUGGCAAAGCAGGACUGGGUAGUUUCAAACGCGGUAAAAAGUCCAGGCGACGACUUUCAAAUGGAAUGGUUGCUGUUGAUUGUGAGAUGGUUCUAUGUGAAGAUGGCUCUGAAGCUCUAGUAACAGUGUGUGUUGUUGAUGAAAAUUUACAGAAACGCUUGAAGAAGUUGUUAUCAGGUGAAACUAUUUUAGUGGGACACAGUUUGUGUAAUGACCUGCCAGCAUUGAAGAUAGACCAUGCAAGGGUACGUGAAGUUAAUAUGGCAAAGCUACUUCUCCACAGGAUACCAAUCACAGUGCCUAGUGAAGAAUUGCACAAUGCCAUUCCUGGGAACUAUACAAUAGAAGUCAACAACCUUCUGUUAAGCUCAGGAGAUAAAUAUUCUGCCUUUGCUAUCUUUAAGAAUCCACAAGAAGCAGAUCAAGCAUAUGAAAAAGUCCAAGGCAACAAGGAAAAGGACUCAUCUGGGCGACCACAGAAGCUUAUUUCAUUUAAGCUCAGCAAGGUCUCUUCUAAGAGAGCUCUAGAAGUUGAAGAGAACUCAGGUGUACAUAAGAAACAAAAGACAGAUCAGAAUAUAGAAGAGGAGAUGGUGGCAGACUUAAGUCAGUGCUGCGACCACCUUAAAGAGAUAGAAAGAUUGAAGCAAGAACAACAAAAGGUGUCAGAGCAGUGUUGUGAUCAUUUAAAAGAGAUUGAAGGAUUGAAGCAGCAACUUAAAAAUAAGGAAUUUGAAAUCUCGACACUGAAUAAGAUUGUUUCCAAAUACCAAGGGGGAAAGAAAAAAGGGAAGUAG